UUAAUCCUUUGGGAAAGAAAAAUAGCUGUUUUUGAUUGAAUUCAGCUUCACCGUAGGUGUGAAGAUUGGAUGCAGUGAGGAACCAUGGGUUCAUUCCAGGCUUAUCUCAGUGUUCUGUUCAUGCUCUUUGGUCUAUUUGCUUUGUGCCAAAGUUUUGAUGUCAGUACAGACACUAAUCAGUCAGCACACUUUUCUAUAAAUGCUUCUGAGGCCUCGGGUUGGCAGAUUCCUGAGACGCUGUUUGGCCUAUUCUUUGAGGAGAUCAACCAUGCAGGGGCUGGUGGGUUAUGGGCAGAACUUGUAAGCAACAGAGGUUUUGAAGCUGGGGGCCCUAACACUCCCUCGAAUAUUGAUCCUUGGUCUGUAAUUGGCGAUGAAUCAUCUCUAAUUGUGUCAACUGAACGGUCAUCAUGUUUCAGUCGUAAUAUGGUGGCACUUCGAAUGGAGGUACUGUGUGACAUUGAAGGUUCCAAAACCUGUCCCGCAAGCGGAGUAGGAAUUUAUAACCCUGGAUUCUGGGGCAUGAAUAUCGAACAAGGGAAGACCUACAAAGUGGUUUUUUAUAUUACAUCAACAGAUUCAGUUGACAUCUCAGUUUCAUUGGCAAGCUCAAAUGGAUCACAGAUCCUGGCUACUGCCAACAUUAUAGCUGCUGCUUCUGAUGUUUCAAACUGGACAAAGAAGGAAGUUCUGUUGGAAGCUGAAGGAACAAACCCUAAUUCAAGACUUCAGUUGACAACAACAAAAAAAGGAGUGAUCUGGUUUGAUCAAGUGUCAGCAAUGCCUUUGGACACUUACAAGGGACAUGGUUUCCGGAACGAGCUUGUUGAGAUGCUUGCAAGUCUUAAACCUCGGUUCAUCAGAUUUCCCGGUGGAUGCUUUGUUGAAGGUGAAUGGUUAAGAAAUGCAUUUAGGUGGAGAGAAACCAUUGGUCCCUGGGAGGAGAGGCCUGGACACUUCGGUGAUGUUUGGAUGUACUGGACCGAUGAUGGACUUGGAUACUUUGAAUUUCUUCAACUAGCAGAGGACCUUGGUGCAUUGCCAAUAUGGGUAUUCAAUAAUGGAAUUAGUCAUAAUGACCAGGUCAAUACUCCCACAGUCUUACCGUUCGUGCAGGAAGUUCUUGAUAGCAUUGAGUUUGCAAGAGGUGAUUCUGGUUCAAAGUGGGGCUCUGUUCGAGCAGCAAUGGGACACCCAGAACCAUUUGACUUGAGAUAUGUUGCAAUAGGGAAUGAGGAUUGUUGGAAAAAGAAUUACAAAGGAAAUUACCUUAAAUUCUAUUACGCCAUAAAAAGUUCCUACCCAGACAUCAUGAUAAUUUCAAACUGUGAUGGAUCCUCUCGCCCCUUGGAUCAUCCAGCUGAUCUCUAUGAUUUUCAUGUUUACACAUCUGCUAACAACAUGUUCUCUAUGGCUCAUCAAUUUGAUCAUACAUCGCGUAGUGGUCCGAAGGCUUUUGUUAGUGAAUAUGCUGUUACUGGAAAAGAUGCUGGCACUGGAAGCCUUUUAGCGUCACUGGCUGAAGCUGGAUUCCUUAUUGGGCUGGAAAGGAACAGUGAUGUCAUUGAGAUGGCAAGCUAUGCACCACUUUUUGUAAAUGCUAAUGAUCGACGGUGGAACCCAGAUGCAAUUGUCUUUGAUUCAUCGCAACAGUAUGGAACUCCUAGCUAUUGGAUGCAACAAUUUUUCGCAGAAUCAAGUGGUGCAACGGUUCUCAACACCACCCUCGAAGCAAGUUCUCCAAAUUCACUAAUUGCCUCUGCAAUUACUUGGAAAGACAUGAAUGACAACAACAAUUACAUAAGAAUAAAGAUUGUCAACUUUGGGGGAAACACAGUGAACCUAAAGAUAUCUGUUAACGGACUGGAUCUGAACUCCAUAGGCUUAUUUGGGGCAACAAAAACUGUGCUCACAUCCAAUAAUUUAAUGGAUGAGAAUUCUUUCAAAGAGCCAAAAAAGGUGGUUCCGGUCCAAAGUGCAUUUCAAAAUACUGGAGAAAAGAUGGAAGUUGUACUAGCUCCAAAAUCUUUCACUUCUUUUGAUAUAUUAAAAAAAGCAAACAAUCUCCUUAGUACAAAAGUCAUUUCAGACGCUGAAGCUUAUAUUUGAAACGAG